AUGGAUUAUAUCAAUAGUAUUAUUCACCAAGAAAAUAAAAAUGGUACAAAUUUAGGAGUAUGGCCGCUUACUAGUUCAGUUGAUUGGUGUGAAUCAAAUUAUGCGAUUUCGCCAUAUAUUGCAGAAUUUUGGAAUUCAAUUUCGAGUAUUGCAAUGAUAUUAAUCGGUGAAAUCGGAUCCAGAUUAAAUUCAUGCGAAAGAACUCCAUUGUAUAUCGCUUUUCGGUUGAUUUCUUUGGUGGGAGUUGGAAGUUUUUUGUUUCAUGCUACAUUAACAUAUUAUAUGCAAGCUCUUGAUGAGGUACCAAUGGUCUGGUGUGCACUAACAUUAUUACGUCCGCUUUUUGAAAUUAAUUAUGGACGCCAAGGACCAUGGCUCACCGCCAUGCUUACAAGUGUCGCAAUCACAUUAAGCCUCCUCGUGACAAUUGUAAGAGGAGGAGCGCAAUUCGUCGCAUUUCAAAUUUCAUUCAGCUUUCUCGAAGCCUUCACCAUCUACCUAAUGACCAGAAUUUAUAAUCGCAUGAAAUCAAACCACCCAGCAAUUAAAACGCUUUUUCGACGUGGUCUCACCACUUAUCUAUUCGCGAUUUUGAUCUGGCUCACAGAUUUACAAUUUUGCGAGUAUUUGAAUGGUGGUGAAAGAUCAUUGUUGCCGUUUAAUCCACAAUUGCAUGCUGCGUGGCAUGCUUUGGCAAGUUUUGGUUUGUAUUUGUUGGUGGUGUUUACUGUUUACGCUUGGUGGGCUUGGAAAGGGGAAAAUGUUAAAUUGGAGAUGGGUUUAAGCGGGUUAUUACCUUUUGUCGUAAAGAUUCAUCAAAAUGACCAGGAUCAAUCGGCAAAUAGUAAAUUGGUUAAGACUGAAUGA